AUGGAUCACAGUUGUUCAAGUUUAAAAGCAGAUGUAACUUGCAACAAACCAGAGUUAGUUCUCACAAUAUUACACUUUAACGACGUGUACGAAGUUGAAGCACGACCAGAAGAGCCCGUUGGCGGAGCCGCAAGGUUUGCCACUGCUCUAAAGAAAUUCCAGUUGCUGAAUCCUUUUGUAGUUUUCAGUGGUGACUGUCUGAGUCCCUCUUUGCUAAGCACAGUCACAAAAGGAAAGCAUAUGGUAGAUGUUCUUAAUAAAUUAGGAGUCCACUGUGCAGUCUAUGGCAAUCAUGAGUUUGACUUCGGCGUGGACCACUUGGAAGAGCAGACAAAAACGAUGACCUUCCCGUGGCUCCUCAGCAACGUGUAUGACAGGUUCACCAGUGAAACACUGGGACAUGGCGUGGUCAGCACCGUCCUCGAGUGGAACGGCCUGAAGAUCGGUGUCAUGGGCCUUGCAGAGGAGGAAUGGCUGGAUUCCCUGGGUACUGUGGACAAGAAAGACCUUGACUAUAUAGACUACGUGGAGACAGCUGACCAUCUGUCAGCUGAAUUGAGGGACAAAGGGGCUAACCUGGUCAUUGCGCUCACACACAUGAGGUGGCGUAAUGAUAUAAGGUUAGCUUUAGAGUCCAAGGGUUUGGACCUCAUCCUGGGAGGACAUGACCAUGAGUAUGGUGUUCUGGAGGUCAACGGGAUUCUGAUUGUGAAGAGUGGCUCUGAGUUCAGAUACCUGUCCAAGAUUGAUGUUGUGAUGGACCAGGAUGGGGAGUUCGAAUACAGCUGUGAAAAGAUAGUCAUAAUGAAAGACCUUCAGGAAGAUGCUGAAAUUAAAAACAUUAUCAGAGGGUACACUGAUAAUAUGCGGCACAUGCUUGGAGAGCUCCUGUGCCACAUAGAGGUGCCCUUGGAUGGACGCUACACCUCGGUUAGACGAGCAGAGUGCAACCUGGGUAAUCUGGUCACCAACGCCAUGCUGGAGGCUACGCACGCUGAAGUGGCGCUUUUAAACUCAGGUACUCUGCGUUCUGACCGCCUACACCCAGCGGGGCCCCUGACCAUGCAUGACCUGCUGCAGAUCCUGCCCAUAAGGGACCCAGUGUUGGUAGUGGAGGCCACAGGUCAGCAGAUCCUUGAGGGCCUGGAGAAUGGAGUCAGCAACUACCCUGCUCUGGAUGGAAGAUUCCCUCAAGUUUCUGGGAUCCAGUUUGGCUUUGAUCCCAAUGGAAAGCCUGGCCACAGAGUCAUAGCUGAGACAGUGAAGAUCCAAGGCAAGAGUUUGGAUAGAGACAGAAAGUACCGGGUGGCCAUGAAAGAAUUCCUAACAAAGGGCAAAGAUGGCUACACCAUGUUCAGUGGCUGUCCUCAUAAGCAGGAUAUAGAGAAUGCUCAGAUCCUGUCUACCAUUCUUAUCAACCAUUUUGAGUCUGGCCAGAUUGUCAGAGGCAUGAAGAAGUGGAGGUCUGGCCACAGGAUGGGGCUCAUCAAGGUGUCCUGCAGCCCCUCUGUGUCAGCCAUUCAGAGAUCCAAGCUGAAGGGAGAGGAGGCCAACCAGAAGCCGAUGGCCAAGCAGAAACCGAUGGCCAACCAGAAACCGAAGGCCCACCAGAAACUGAAGGCCCACCAGAGCCUGAAGGCCCACCAGAAACCAAAGGCCAACCAGAAACUGAAGGCCAACACUUCUGAUCAGCCUCCCAAACAAGACGGACUGUCAGUGAGCACUCAGACAGCAACAUGA